UACUCCCAUAGUUAUUUGGCGUGUCAGCCAAACAAUAGGCUCUCGUAUUCAAUUUCAGUUUACACUCAAUAUACAUUUUCGAAAUUGGUGAUUGUAACAGUAAUUUAAACUUGUCGGGGGGAAUAAAGAAACAAUCAGAAAGUGGGACAUUCUCGAUUUAAUUUGAAUUAAAACAAAUACAGUGUUUGUAUUGGUAUAAUCGGAAUGUAGGCGAGCUCACGCACAUUACUAAUAUAGGGGUAUCUUGGACGCGACCGCAUUUAUAAAUUUAUUUUAAUCUGUAUUCUGACGGGAGCGCGCGUUUCGCGUCGUCAUUUUAAAUAUUUAAGACAAUGCUCUAGGUCGAAAUGUAUAUAUUGGGCGAGUUUGCUGUUUGAUGGUGAAUGCCCGCAGCGUACCUCCUCCCCCUACAGCUUCCACAGAUAGAACAGCCUGUUGUGGGGCCUCCGCAGUAGGGAGUGUUUAGAUCGCUUAGGAACCGAAAGUUACGUUCGCCUGUGAGGUGGUGUCCGUAAACUUUGGAAAACAUAGUAAAAAUUAUCGAGUUUUUGAAGUUUAGUAUUUCAGCGUUUGUAGCCAGUCCGAUACGGAAAGGGGACUGCCGAAGGUAACUGGCUGGAUCUCCGCGUCCCAAAUCUUAUGAUGCCUACGUUGCGGGACAGCACCAUGUCCCACCCCGGCGAAAAUCCUCACCAAGUCCGGGUAAAAGCUUACUACAAGGGGGACAUCAUGAUCACCUACUUUGAGCCCACCAUCUCCUACGACAUGCUGUACAGCGAAGUACGAGAAAUGUGCUGCAUGGACAACGACCAGCUCUUCACCAUGAAGUGGAUCGACGAGGAAGGCGAUCCCUGUACCGUGUCUUCGCAGCUGGAGCUGGAGGAGGCGCUGCGACUGUACGAACUCAACAAGGACUCGGAACUCAUCAUCCACGUGUUCCCCUGUGUUCCUGAGAAGCCUGGCAUGCCCUGUCCGGGGGAGGACAAGUCCAUCUACAGGCGGGGCGCGCGACGCUGGAGGAAGCUGUACUACGCCUACGGGCACGCCUUCCAGGCCAAGAGAUUCAACAGGCGGGCACACUGUGCCAUCUGCACAGACCGCAUCUGGGGUCUCGGCCGACAGGGUUACAAAUGCAUCAACUGCAAGCUUCUCGUCCACAAGAAGUGCCACAAGUUGGUGACAGUGGAGUGCGGCAGGCAUCCGGUACGGGAUCACAUUAUCAGAUCGAUGGGUCAGGUCCCGACUCCAGCUGAUCCCAUGGAGCCAGUGAUCCCAUACAAACUGUCAAGCGAGAGUCUUAACGACGACGGGGAAGAGAAAGAGGCCAUGAGCAGCAGGGAGACCGGCAAAGGGGUGUCCAGCCUGGGUCUGGCGGACUUCGACCUGCUGCGGGUCAUCGGGCGUGGGAGCUACGCCAAGGUGCUGCUGGUUCGGCUCCGGAGGACAGACCGCAUCUACGCUAUGAAGGUGGUGAAGAAGGAGCUGGUCAACGACGACGAGGACAUAGACUGGGUGCAGACAGAGAAGCACGUCUUCGAGCAGGCCUCAAACCACCCCUUCCUGGUGGGGUUGCACUCCUGUUUCCAGACGGAGAGCAGACUUUUCUUUGUCAUCGAAUACGUGAAUGGGGGAGACCUGAUGUUUCACAUGCAGCGACAGCGGAAGCUUCCAGAAGAGCACGCCAGGUUUUACUCGGCAGAAAUCAGCCUGGCCUUAAACUACCUUCAUGAGCAUGGAAUCAUCUACAGGGACUUGAAACUGGAUAACGUCCUGUUGGAGUCAGAAGGACACAUCAAGCUCACGGAUUACGGCAUGUGCAAGGAAGGCUUGCGGCCGGGAGACACAACCAGCACCUUUUGUGGAACACCCAACUACAUUGCCCCCGAGAUCCUGCGGGGAGAGGAAUACGGUUUUAGUGUGGACUGGUGGGCGCUGGGGGUGCUCAUGUUCGAGAUGAUGGCCGGCCGCUCGCCGUUUGACAUUGUGGGCAGCUCGGACAACCCCGACCAGAACACCGAGGACUACCUCUUCCAAGUAAUCUUGGAGAAACAGAUCAGAAUCCCCAGGUCCUUGUCAGUCAAGGCAGCCAGCGUGCUGAAAGGAUUCCUCAACAAGGAACCCAAGGAACGCCUUGGUUGUCAUCCCCAGACUGGCUUUGCUGACAUUCAAGGGCAUCCCUUCUUCCGCAAUGUGGACUGGGAGCUGAUGGAGCAUAAGCAGGUAGUCCCCCCUUUCAAGCCCAACAUCUCCGGCGAGUUUGGCCUGGACAACUUCGACGCCCAGUUCACCAACGAGCCGAUCCAGCUCACACCUGACGACGACGACGUGGUCCGGAAGAUCGACCAGUCCGAAUUCGAGGGUUUCGAGUACAUUAACCCGCUGCUGAUGUCCGCUGAGGAGUGUGUGUGACGAUGCAGCUGGUCCCCACUGCCCUGGAGCCUCCGUCCUACCCGCCCUGCCUGCCACAUCUCGCUGGCGUGUUUAUCCUCCUCUGCUAAUCGCCAAACUUCUCAAUCCCUGCCAUUUGUAACCACUAUCUCUAAAGUGUCACCUUUUUAUUUUUAUUAUUGACUUUUGUAUCCCAUGAACUCGCACUGGUCGUCUGGCCUUUAACGGCACCGUAACGCUGAUGAUGCUGACAUUGCCAGAUAAUGGAGACCAAUGAUUUGAGGUCAUUUCCAGGUUACCUUGCCUAGGGAGGAAAACAUGUGCGGUGUAUAGGAAGCAUGUUUGCAAUUCCCAGCUGACGAGGGGGCUUGUGUAUUUUAUGUGAACAUGUCAGUUCAAGGUCUUCUUGAACUGUGUAAGCCUGAAUAUAUGCAAACGGUUCAAGGCAUACACUCUUAGGAGGACCCCCCCCCCAAGUAACUUAAGUCCAGGAGUAAAGGAGGGAGGGAAACACUAAGUUAAAAGAAAAAAAACGCUAAACUUUUUCCAUGUUUUAUUUAAUUAAAAGUCUAUAUGCAAUGUGCACAAGUGUUAUGCUUGCCCUGGUUUGUUAUAAGGACUAGAGCUGUCCACUCUGUGUGUGUGUGUGUGUGUGUGUGUGUGUGUGUGUGUGUGUGUGUGUGUGUGUGUGCCUGCAUGCAUGCAUAGCGCAGCGCAGAUUAUUAUUUUUUUUUAAACUAUGUGAGUGUAAAUUUUGAGCUCGCCUCAACAAUGAAAAGUUGAAAUCGCAUAGCGGGCAGUCUACAAUGGAGGGAUCGCUCCUUUUGAAACUGUGAACAAAAAGACAUUUACUCUACCACCCUGUCUGGAAUCUGAGCAUAGUGGCGUCGCGGCUGGCUGUCCACGCCAUCUUCGGUCACGCAGGACCAAACGCUCGGUUUCGGAGAGCGGGGAGAGCAAGUGCCCUCUGUGGCCCCACUGGCUGAUCAUCACGUGUGGCUCAAGGUGAGAUUUGUGUAGUUGUUGCGGAAGAACGAGGAAUGCCUUCAUUUCCCAUGAUGUCUCAUUUUGCCUUUCGUUUGCUGUUUUUUUUUUUUCAUUUUUAAAAACUCUUCUUCAUGUUUUAUUUUCUGAUUACUGGAAGUUCAGUAUUUUUUUUUUCCUUUUUAUUUCUGCGUGUUUUUCAUUAUUGACAAAUAUUUUGGACGUAAAUAUUUUUGUGUACCUGUAUAUACAUGUAGAUGUCUCCUCAGAUCAGUAAAUAUGAACAUAUGGUGUAAACCACAGUUAUUUAGGAGUGAUGGAAGUUUUAAAUGACCGCUGUAGAAUUAAAUUUCUCAUUUUAAAUUAC